AUGUCAGGCCUCACAACUUCAACAUCUCAUUAUACAUCUUCAAGAACGUCGAAUUCGCCAUCGAUAAAGGCACUUCAACUCGAAUAUGCCAAACUGCAAAAAGAACCAGUCGAAGGUUUCACAGUGAAACUCGAUGAUGAUGGAAAUUUGUACAAAUGGCACGUCGGAAUAUUUGGACCUCCAGAUACUCUGUACGAAGGCGGUUAUUUCAAAGCUGAUAUGGAAUUCCCAACAACCUAUCCAUUUGCUCCACCCAAAGUUCGUUUUCUGACGAAAAUGUGGCAUCCGAAUAUUUAUGAAAAUGGUGAAGUAUGCAUUUCGAUCCUUCAUCCACCUACGGAAGACCCCCAAUCGGGUGAACAUCCAAGUGAACGUUGGAAUCCUACUCAAAAUGUUCGCACGAUCCUCAUGUCAAUAAUCAGUUUGUUAAAUGAACCCAAUUGUUCAUCGCCUGCAAAUGUCGACGCGAGCGUCAUGUACCGAAAAUAUAAAGAAAACAAAGAUAAUGAAUAUGAAACAAUCAUUAAAAAACAAGUGAAUGAAUCACGAUUAGUUGCCGAGCAAGAAGGUAUUACAAUUCCUAAAACUCUUGAUGAUUAUGUUGCACCAUCACGUGCUGGUGCACUUGGUUUAAAUAAUGGUAAAAAUGGAAAGAAAUCAGCUUACAAUGCCUUAUCGGCUCAUGAAGAUGAUGUCGAUUUGGGUAUCGAUGAUGACGAUGAUCAAAUGGCCGAUAUGGCAGAUGAUGAUGAUGGAUCUUAUGAUGACAGCGAUUAA